UUGACACUGAUUCAACCAAAAAUAGUGAUGUUUUCGGUGAUAUUAAAUUUUCCGAAACUAACACUUGGAGUAAUAUUGAUCUUAAUGCUGUUUCAGAAUUUGUUUCAAUAGAAUCAACUUUUUCUCCCGGAACAUCUGCUACUGCGCAUGUUGAAGUUGAUCGACUGCUUUCGUUGUUUGAAAAAAACAAACCUGAAAUCGAUCUCAUAUUAGAUUUAAAAGAUGUAUGCGCAAUUGGUAUUGAUUUUCAAAAAGGCUAUUCUAUACCAUGCAUCAUUUGCUGGGUCUUCAAGCACCUAGACAUUAAUAUCAAAGAACAACUAUCGAACUUGUUCGCGAAUGAGUUUGCAAUUGUAGAAGAAAUAGUGGCUCCCACAGAUGCGGAUGUGAGUAGCAGCAAUAAUGCUCAAAACAGCUCAUUUAACAAUAACGAUACACUUCCUUCUGGAAACGAGAAGGAAUCUGAGGAGGAUGAAAAUGACAGUAACUAUAAUGAAAAAGACAGUGGUGAAGAUAACGAAAACGAUAGUGGAAAUGAUGGGGAAAAAAAUAAUGAGAAUAAUAGCGAUGGUGAUGGCGAUGAAGGAGGUGGAAAUGGGGACAUAAAUAAUGAUUCUAAAUCUAUUACUGUUGCAUCAUUCUGCCGAGCUGUUGGUGGAAAAAAAAAAUUUCAACAAUUUGAUAUCGUAGUUGAUAUCUGCGUGAAAGCUACUUCUGUUAAUGAUAAGCCAUAUAAGAUUUUUGAUUUUUUUGUUAAUGUAAAGCAAUGCGGAAUUGGGCGUCUUCUUAGUGAAAAUUUGCACCUUCAUGGAUCUGGUUAUUAUUUCGAUUCCGUUUCGAUUGAAGUUUUACCAGUUUCACGUGAAAAUCAGAGUAAUCCUAGGAUGAUACUAGAGAAGGUUGAUAUAAAACCAAUACAACGCAACCAAGCUAUUAAAGAAUUAAAAAUUAGUGAGAAGAACUUAGGAGUUAAGGGACAAGUCAGUGGAGCGGGAUUCCAAGUUGGAGGUAGUUAUAAUAUAAAGAAUACGCAAGUUAAUGAAAAAAACGGAAAAUGGGUGGAAGAUGAUGGUACUCACUGUGGAAAAUGGCACACUUUAAAUGAGAUGAAUGGGUUUGUUAUACGAAUUACACAGGUAGUAAAGUUCAAGUGUGUUUAUCCGAAGACAUUUAUGAAACAAUGCCCCAAGAUGGCUCAUGUAUUGGAAAUAUCCUUUGAUAAUUUUGAUAAUUUGGAAAAAUAUGUUGCAAAACUUAAAGAGGAACACUAUGAACAAGUAUAUUUGACUCAAGAUAUAAAAAAUAGAAACUUUCAUAAGGAAGAUAAAUAUAAACCAGAAGGUGAAAAUGGUUUUGCAGUGACCCGAAGUUUUUUUGAAAUAAAUGAAUAG